UAUCAUGUACAUGCCUGUCAAUUGUCAUGUCAAUUUUCAUCCAAGAAUAAGAUUGUGUCCAGAAAAAUAAAAACGAAAAGGAAAGGAACAGAGAAGAGAGAGGGUAACGCAGCGAGCCCUCUCAUUUGAUUUGGUGUAUUGUGUUAGGACGGAAAGAACCAGCUGUGGUCGUUUGAAUAGUUUGCAAUGCACGUGCAACUCACGCUAUGUGUUGAUUGAGGAACUUGAAUUUGAAAAAUGGCGGAAUAUGUGGCAGCACCAUCAUGUGUCAAGCUGCAUAUGCAGAGAACUUACGUAAAAGAGCGGCAAUUUCUACUACGGAAUUCAUAUUUUAGACCAGCUCAAAGAAGGUGUUCCCGUGGAAGAUGUAAAGUUGCCCAGUUCUCAAUGGAGAAAAUACAAGUGAUUAGUACUUCAGGUGUUGAAAAUCAGCAAGUUUAUCCACAACUCAGGGACCGUUCGUUCAAAUGUAGUUGCUUGGGGUUUUUGGUGAACCCUGAUUGUGCAACAGCCUUUAAAUGGGUUCCUGUUGGUGAUCAGGUACUUCUUAUGGCUAGUAUAUUCCUUACAUAUCUGGCUGGAGUAAUUCCUGUUCAGAAGUCUAAUCACACUUUGCAAAAGAACAUCCUCGAUAACGUUGUGGUCCCUGAUAGCUCAACCUCUCCUGGUAGUGCCAGGAAGAAUGCUGACAAAGAUAAUUUAAAUUAUGCUUGGGAAGUAGUGAAAGAAAAACUUUUGGAUUCUCUAGAUGCUAUUGAACAUGGGAAUAAUUCUGCAAACAGAGCCCUUGGAUUUGAACAACAAGGAAAGCGCCCAUUAAGUUUGUAUGCUGUAUCUGAGGGACCGAAGUUGCGGUUGCUUUGGGCUUCUUUUCAGCAGCUUGAGAAAGAGGUAAAUAAUUUCUCAGGCAAUCCUGAAACUUUUAACAUGGAUGAUUGGACGACCGUUUUUUCUGAAAUUAUUCGAGAAUCCUGUCAACCAGUGUGCAUGAUUUGGCUGGAAAAUGAGUUUGAGCUAGACAACAGCAAUUCUGAUGAGGUACCUUGCAAAUUUUGAUUUGCACUUAUUUCUCUGAUUAUAGAGAAGUUAAAAGGAGACGAUACUGUUUUAAGGAAUAUUAUAAAGUCAGGCAAGAGAGAUCUUUAUGCAGAAUUAGUGCACUGUCUUCGGUUUGGUUCCCCCAGAAAGGGUUGCUGUUACGACAAUACCUUGUUUUCUUUGCAUGCGGAUUCCAUAUUGGAAGAUUUGGUGAUAACUUUAGCAGAUGGGAUUGCAAGCACUUAUCUAGAGCUUAUUUCUGUUGACGGCAAUUUGUCAAAUGAAAUUAACAGCCUGGGUUUGGUGAUUUGUAAUCUGUCAACCCGUGCACUCCAAAGAUUACGUAAUGAGGUGGCCCUGAAUUUAUGGUUGUAUCAAAAUGUGGAGGCAGUCGUAUCAAUGUAUGAAGAUCGCUUUGACCUGUGCACAUUUCAGAGCCAACGAAUUGAGGAAUCUAGCAGGGAUAUCGAGGUUGAAAAUCAUAACUGGUGGAAGAAGCUUACCUGGAGAAAAUCUAGAACUUCGACAUCUGCAUUAAGUUAUAUUGAAAUAAUCCAAAUCUCCAUUUCUGUGAGAAGAACCAAGGAAUUAAGGGCCCUGACAGGAUGGCGGUACUACUUCAGUCUAUUCCUCGAGUUAUCUGACAUUAGCAUGCCAUUUAUUAGAGCUGUUUUUGAGAAAAUCAGCAAUGCCAUCUCAUUCUUUUUUGUUAGCUUGAUUGGGAGGUCGAUAGGACUCAUCUACACUGGAAUUAGGCAAUCCCUGCGAUGGAAGUGAGAUGUAAUAUAACUGGUGUAUUUUUGUCAUUCAUUGCUAAAGUUUCAUCUUCACUUGAUAUAGGACUAGCCUAUACGUAGAUUGUCAAAUUAAAUCCUCAUUUCUCCAUUUAGCAUCGAGGCUUCUCGUAAAUACUUGCUCAAUAAAAAUUUGAGAAUCUGAUUUAUUUUGAAGUUAAAAGAUUGACUUCCACCUCUAUAUUAUUGUCUAUCACAUGGCCAUAUGAUAUUCAUUUUUAAUCUGGACUCUCUGUGAGGGGCUAAAUUGUGAAUUUU